AAGAAAAGAACGGCCAUGACGUCUCAAUACAGUACUGAUCAUAGUUCUUCAUCUUCUUCUUCUUGUUCACCGCCAUGGGAAGUCCUUGUUCUGGUCUCUGAGUACCUGGAACCGAAAACCCUAGCCAUGGCCUCAUGCGUCUGCAAAUCCUGGUCGGUUUCCAUGUCCUCCAACCACCUCUGGAAGCCCAUCUGCACUUCUCACUUCCCUUCUCUCUCCAACCACCUCCCUCUCUCUCUCCCCUACCGCCGCCUCUAUGCCGUCGCCCACGCAGCCUCCCUCCGCCGCCGCCAAGCCCCGCCGAAGCCCCGCCUCGCCCUCUCCGAUCUCAUCUUCACCCUCAACAUCACCAGCUCCUGCAGUAACAAUGUCAUCGUUUCGGCUGUUAAACCCGUGGAGGAGCUCUCCGCCGACCCCGGCGGCGUGUUCAAGUUCGACAUUGUCGCCGUCGACUACGACUACGAGCAUGCCGCGGAAGGUUCCGCGGCGGAGGAGGUGAAGGUGGCGUGGAACGUGGUGCUGAAGGGGUGGAGAGGGAUCUUCACGAUGAUGGAUUGCGACGGGAAGAUGAGCUUUUCGCCCUGCGCCGAGGGGUGGCUCUCGGCGGAGCUGCCGCCGCCGGGGUGCUACGCCGGGACGGCGGGGAGUGGGAUUGUGGCGGACUUCAAAUUGUUGUUUGGUGGAAGAAGAGAGAGUAAUGAUAGGAUCGUUAGGGUUGAGAAAGUGAGUGUGGGGAUUUUGAGUGUUGUGAAUUGGAGGUAUGUCACUGUUGAGGAUGCUCUUAGGUACGUCCAGCAUUUUCUUCUUCCAAUUAUCUGAUGAUAAUAUACAGAAGAACAUAAUUAAUCUAGUUAAAUAUAUCAAUAUCGCUGG